CACUUCAGUUUUUAGAGCGUAAACAUCUGCUCCUCCCCCACCGGACAAACCAGCGCGACUUUUAGGUUGUUUAUACACGUCUUAAAACUAUUUMAAAUCUGACUUAUGUUCAGUCGUAUGCCUUAUUCGCUCCUGCUAGGUUUGCCUGGCGGUGGGUGGUGUCGACCAUCCUCCGAAGGUUGCUGAUGAGGAGGAGCUUGAGCAGAUGUUGCCGAAGAAGUAGGUGACACAUUCUUGAACCGCAGCACAUGGGUCAGUGCUCGAUUCUGCCAAGGAAGGAGAACGCAGCAAGAGUACUCCAGUGGAGAAGUACACCUUGGGUUCAGUGGCUGUUUGAAAUGAACCCAACCUUGRCCUCUUCGUGACCCCACCAGCCUCCCCAUUUAUUUGUCUUUUGUUUGUUUUUCCACUUGGCCUCAGUCGGGCCCCUUGAAUCUUUCAACAGUUUCUMGUCAGAGUUGAUGCUUAAAGCUCUAAAUUAGUCAGAAUGGUUGCCGAAAUAGACGCAGCCUCUGUAGGCAGCGGUAUUAGGCUGAAGCAGGAGAUUUCCCUCCUCCAUGGCGUCUGCCUCAUCGUAGGAAAUAUGAUCGGCUCUGGAAUCUUCRUCUCACCGAAGGGAGUCCUCAUGCACACGGGCUCGUUCGGCUUGUCUCUGGUUGUGUGGGCCAUCGGCGGGGUGUUCUCUGUGUUUGGAGCGUUGUGCUACGCAGAGCUUGGGACYACCAUCCGUAAAUCUGGCGCUUCCUACGCCUACAUUCUGGAAGCCUUUGGAGGCUUCCUGGCUUUUAUUCGACUGUGGACGUCCCUGAUGAUAGUAGAACCAGCCUGUCAGGCAGUGAUCGCCUUGACCUUCUCCAUCUACAUGGUCCAGCCCUUCUAUCCCACCUGCACAGCCCCUUAUCACGCCGUCCGCCUUUUUGCUGCCGCCAUCAUAUGCUUGCUCACGGCUGUCAACUGUAUGAAAGUCAAAUGGGGCGCGAUUCUUCAGGUCGUCUCCACGGUGGCCAAGGUCCUCGCCCUCAUCGUCAUCAUCAUCACUGGCCUGGUGAAGCUGGCCCAAGGCUUCGACCAGAAUUUUGAGAACUCGUUCAAACACUCCAAGCUGGAUCCCGGUGACAUGGCUUUAGCUCUUUAUUCAGCACUUUAUUCCUAUUCUGGCUGGGACACGCUCAACUUCAUUACAGAGGAGAUCAAGAACCCAGAGAGGAAUCUGCCCUUGUCCAUUGCCAUUUCCAUGCCCAUCGUCACAAUAAUCUACAUCUUGACUAAUAUAGCUUACUACAUUGUCAUGGACGCAGACACGGUGCUCGCAAGUGAAGCUGUUGCUGUGACGUUUGCAGACGAGGUGCUGAGCUGGGCCCGAUGGCUGAUCCCCAUUUCUGUGGCCAUUUCCUGCUACGGAGGCCUCAACUCCUCCAUCAUCGCUGCUUCCAGGUUGUUUUUUGUUGGCUCCAGGGAGGGCCACCUUCCUAACAUCCUGUGCAUGAUCCACAUAAAGCGCUUCACCCCGAUUCCAGCUCUGCUUUUUAAUGGUGCCAUGUCUCUGUUCUACCUGUCUGUGCCCGAUGUCUUCCAGCUGAUCAACUUUUUCAGUUUCAACUACUGGCUCUUCAUUGGCAUGUCGAUAGCCAGUCAGAUCUACCUCCGCUUCAAAGCUCCAGACAUGCCRCGGCCCGUCAAGCUCCCCUUGUUCUUCCCAAUAGUUUACUGCUUGUGCAGCAUUUUCCUGGUGGUGGUUCCUCUCUACAGCGACCCCAUCAACUCUCUCAUUGGGAUUGCUGUCGCCCUCUCCGGUGCACCCGUCUACUACAUCUGCGUUCAUCUGCCGCCCACCUCCAGACCCGCCUUCCUGGGCAAAAUGCUCGAUAAGAUGUCUCUGUUCACCCAGAAGCUCUGCAUGUGUUGCGUGGCCUCCCCAGAUAUCGAUCUGGACAACAUAGACCCUGAAAAGAUUGAAUGAUCAAAACCAAACAGAGGACUCUGUGGGAAGAACUGCACAGGAACGAUAGAAGCUGUGGGUUUCAGAGCGCCUCGGUUUGGAUGAUUAUAGUCUGAAUGUAUGGAGGGGGGAUGGGUUGGCGCUCUUCCCAUCGUGAGUUAGAAACCAGCAGGAUGUUUCACGUGCUCGAACACAACACAGUAUUUGUGGUGCCGUUUCUUUGUGCCAUAACUCAGCAGUUUACAGCUGUGGCUCUUUGUUUGUGAUUUAGUGAUUAUUGUUGCCUGAACAGCAGCAACAAAAAGACCUUUUUUUUUUUUUUUGAACCCCUUGGUGGCACUCGACAGCAGCAGUUUUGCACAUCUUCCAUUUGUUUUCGACGACCACGGGAAGUCAUUUUCUGAUGUUACUGAAGGACCAAAUACACAUGUAGAGGUUUUUACUUUUCUUCGUUUCGCAGGAGRUUUGACAAAAAGUGCUGUUAUUUCUUACGAUUCUUAGUUGCCUUCGCUCCUUAGUUUCUCCCCAAAGAAACAUUUGUUCUUGCAGAGCAUCUGUAAAACAUGUCACUGUGCUUUGCUCCUGUUUACGUUUGUUUUGUGCUCAAAUCUGACUAACUUUAGCUGAUGUAGACAUUCAUCAACAAGCCAAAAAAAAUUUAUAUUUAAUUCAGCAGUUUAUGUUUACAACAUAUUUGGGUUUAGGUCACGCCUCUUACUGUUGCCUCUUKUUAACUAAUUACAAGUGAAGAGAACCUUUUUAAAGGGAUAUUUCAGCUCUUUUUGAAGUGGACUUCUAUAGGACGGUCUAACAUUUAGGUACUAUAGAUUUGUUGACUGAAUGGGUUUGGAGUUUCAGACCACCUGGAUCAGGCAUAAUCUGAGCCGGGCUAAGACCAGAGUAUAUUUAAGCUGUUCAAAAAUAACUCAUGUUGGCGCAGCCUGGGGUGUUUUCUACCAGAAAUGCCUCGCAGUAAUAUAUUAACAAGGAUAUGUGCUGCUCCACCUGGUUGUGACCAGAGGACUCCAUAUAAACAACCACAUCAUGUGAAACUGAGUGCUUUUUGAAUGUUUUAUUAAAUACUGUUUGUAUGGAUCUCCUUGAUAGUGGAGUUAAUUUGAAACAAUAGUCUAUUUUGAUCUUAGCGUCUAGCUAUUAGCUCACAGAUCUGGUCAGAAUUAAACGCUCUCCAAAUUGAAGUAAUCCAAAACUGCAGCAGGUAAGAUAUUUACUCUUCAUAUCCUUGCAGCUUAUGCUCACUUCAAAAGAUGUGAACUUUUCUAAGUAGCAAACAUUAAAGCUGUUUUUACAUUGAAAAUAUAAUGUUUUGUUGUUUUUGGUUCAGGGUCUAUAGAAACACCUCAGGUCUGAUCAUGCUAACGCUCAAAUGCUGCUUAUUUCACCUCAAAAAUCUAGUUUUCUUUAGAGAGUGGGACACCUAUGGGGCGUUUAAUGUGUUGAAGUACCAGCUUGUUUCUUCUCAGUACACGACAAACAUCUGGACCGUUCUCCUGCUCAUUCAGCUUGUAGUGAUAUUUUGCAGCUGUAGGACUUCGAGAUGAAUCAAAUGUUUAUCCUCGCGAACUGUACGUGCCUUCAAGGUCCUUUCUCGUGUAAUUUUGUUCGUUCUCAAAAUGCUGUAAACAAUCAGAGUUGAUCAAAUGUUCUCCAGCUUGUUUUGUUGUUUCACAUCUGUUCUAAUUAGACGGACCGUUAAGUCGAGCCCAUUUUGUCACUAGCUGGAUUUAAACGGGCCUUUAAUGUAAAAGUCCAGUUUAUUUGUCCUCGACAUAAGCUUUUAGCAUAUAGAUAGAUAGAAUAUGUGCUUAUUUGCUUUCUCUGGGAUUCUGGAUAUUAUUCAAACCAAAUUGGUGAAGAUGUUUAAAAUAAGUUCUAUAUAUUCUGUAUUUUCACAAAUGAUUUGUAUUUAAGUGCAGGAAGUUAGCGUUGCAAUGUACUGUAAACAUGUAUUUGUUGUUUCAGUGGUACCAAAUGUUAGAAAAUCUUAUGGUUCAGAAUAAAAGGUUUAACUCUUCA